CCGCGGGAUUCGCCCGCGCUCGGCGCGGCGGCUGCGGCGAGCCGGGGGAGCGGGCGGGAUGCCGGGCAGGGCUUUUCUGCUGGGGUGCUACAGGGGUCUUCCUGGCGAGGAAAGGGGUGUCUGUGACAGGCUGUCCGGUAAAGUGAAAAAUUCUGAAAGCCCGACUUGUGCUGACGGCGUGGCGGGUGCUCGUAGGGUGAAGGAGGUGCUGCUCUUGUCAGUUUUGGUUUCGAAGGUGACACACGUACGUGCUCCACCUGAGACACAGCCGGGAGCGCCCGCCGGGGCACAGCAUCAAAACAUCGCUUCAAAAUAACUUGCUAAGAUAUUUUCGCCUGUCAGUGCUGUUUGCCAACUCUGAAUUCAAAAGUACCAGUCUUAAAGAAAAUUGUUACUCAUUUAGGUAAGCAACUAAUGAAAAGUCUAAAGUUAGCUAAAAAGUCUUUUUUCUAACAAGUUGAUAGCUUUCCUUUGGUUCUCAGACAAAAUAACACAGCUAUUAUGAAACAAAGAGGAAAGAAUGUUUCAGGCGGAAUGAAAAACCAGUUCCUGGUUUUGGUCACUUUUAGCUUUGACACAGGUAUUUUAGAAGUGGAAGUCGUCAUUUGAUGUCCUCUAAAUAAGCUGUGAACCUUUUAAGAAGUUCUACAUUGAUAAGAUCAUAAUUAUAGUUGCAUUAACUGUGCCCUUAGGUCAGUCAAGCAGUAAGUUUGCAUCUAACUUCAAGCACAGAAAUAAUUCACUGAAUCUUCUUCAGUGCUUUCAUUUAAACAUAUGUAUUUUGCUGAAGCGCUGUUGACAGUUUCAAAAGUAAGGCCUUAAAAGAUGUUUCAAAUUAUUAUAGUCUCAAGGUAAAAUCCUUUGUUUAGCAUUUAGGUGAAGCUGACAGACCAUGUGUGGGGAGGAAGCUACUAUUGCUACUUACUAGCAUUAUUUCCCCCUUUCAGCUUCUAUGUUCUUUUGAAAAUCAGUGACACAGAUAUGGGUUUUUUCUUCAUUUAAAAUGCUAAACUGAAAUACUUCUGUUUCAUUUGUCCUCCAAGCAAAUUGUUCUGGUAUCAACAGGUCAAGUGCAAAGUAGGUCUGAGUUGUGUGGUGUUGGGCUUUGUUUGUGUUUUCUUUGUUUUACUUGGGUUUGGCUUUAGUUUUUUGUUUCUGCUGAAGAUCAUAUUUCUAGCUGUUUAAAGAUGGAUAGAUUUUAACAUAAGAAUGAAGUAAAAAUGAAGUAAGCAGGUGAUUUUUUGGUCUCAUUAGUUUAGUCCAAGUGGGUUUUGUUGUGUCAUAAGUUACUAUAGAAAACUGAGACUGCAAGAGUUUUACCAUUUCUUUGUGAAAAGCAAAAAAAUAAGCCUUAGUAACCCCUUUGCAUCUAUAGAUUUGAAAACUAGGGUAUAGCUGUGACUGUGCUGGACUCAGUUUGACCUGUUUGGUUCCACUUACUGGUGUUAGUAAACUGUUUCUGUCAUGUUAUGUUUUCAGUGGCUGUUUGGAACUAAAAGGACGCUGAGAAUCCCUUAGCUGACUUUUGUGAUGGCAGUGCUAACAGCCCUUGCUAUUUUCUGAGCCCUCUUCUGCUACUGUUGUUCAUAAAAUAGGGGACUGUCUUCAGUAAGACCCCAGAACUUGUGACUUAAAAUGGCAGGAGAAGAUUCCUAUAUUAUGGGAGUAUCUGAUCCUCAAAUGUUUGCAAUGGAUCAGUUCAUGGGAAUGAAUGCAUUAUUUAAUAGUACAAAUUACAUCCCUUCAGACUUACCAAUCCGAACAGCAGAUGGACCAUAUCUUCAAAUCAUAGAACAGCCAAAACAGAGGGGGUUUCGUUUUCGAUACGUGUGCGAAGGACCUUCACAUGGUGGACUUCCUGGUGCUUCUAGUGAAAAGAACAAAAAAUCUUACCCUCAGGUCAAAAUCUGCAAUUAUGUUGGACCUGCAAAAGUAAUUGUCCAGUUAGUAACUAAUGGGAAAUACGUCCACUUACAUGCUCACAGCUUGGUGGGUAAAUUUUGUGAAGAUGGAGUGUGCACAGUUAAUGCAGGACCUAAAGAUAUGGUUGUAGGGUUUGCAAAUCUUGGAAUACUUCAUGUCACAAAGAAGAAAGUGUUUGAAACUCUGGAAACACGCAUGAUAGAUGCUUGCAAGAAGGGAUACAACCCAGGACUCCUGGUGCAUCCUGAACUCGGCUAUCUGCAGGCAGAAGGAUGUGGAGACAGACAGCUAACUGAACGAGAGAGAGAAAUUAUCCGCCAGGCAGCGAUACAGCAAACUAAAGAAAUGGAUCUCAGUGUCGUGCGUCUCAUGUUUACAGCCUUUCUUCCUGACAGUAAUGGCAGUUUCACACGGAAACUUGAUCCCGUUAUAUCAGAUGCAAUAUAUGACAGCAAAGCUCCCAAUGCCUCCAACUUAAAAAUUGUAAGAAUGGACAGAACAGCAGGGUGUGUGACAGGAGGGGAAGAGAUUUACCUUCUCUGUGACAAGGUUCAGAAAGAUGAUAUUCAAAUACGUUUCUAUGAAGAGGAUGAGAAUGGUGGUAUGUGGGAAGGCUUUGGAGAUUUUUCUCCUACAGAUGUACAUAGACAGUUUGCUAUCGUGUUCAAAACCCCCAAGUAUCGCGAUGUCAAUAUCACAAAGCCGGCAUCUGUGUUUGUACAACUGCGGAGGAAAUCGGAUCUGGAAACAAGCGAACCAAAGCCUUUCCUCUACUACCCAGAAAUUAAAGAUAAAGAAGAAGUGCAAAGGAAACGACAGAAGCUCAUGCCUAACUUCUCUGAUGGCUAUGGUGGAGGCAGUGGCACCGGAGGUGGUGGCAUGUAUGGAGGGGGAGGUGGCAGUGCUGGCUCUGGGUUCAGUUAUCCUUCAUAUGGAUACUCUGCUUUUGGAGGGAUGCACUUCCACCCUGGCACAACAAAGUCCAAUGCUGGAAUGAAACAUGAAGGACUAUCAAACAGCACAGCUGAACAAACCAGGAAGAGCUCUGAUAAACAAAGUGACAAAUGGGAUGUGAAACAUGAUGUGAAGGUGGAAACUGUGGAGAGGACUGUGUGCAGAAUGUCUGCUGAUAAUGAGGAGAAGGAGGAUGCUGCUUCUUCCUGUAAAACUGAAGUAAACGAAGCAGAUUUCAGGUGGCAGGAUUCUCUGUUCCUGGAGAAGGCCAUGCAGCUUGCCAAGCGUCACUGCAACGCUCUCUUUGAUUAUGCUGUGACUGGAGAUGUGAAGAUGCUGUUGUCUGCUCAGCGCCAUCUCACUGCUGUCCAGGAUGAUAAUGGAGACAAUGUCCUUCAUUUAGCAAUUAUCCACCUUCAUAGUGAGCUGGUGAAAAACCUCUUGGAAGUGAUGCCAGAUUUGAAUUACAAUGACAUCAUUAACAUGAGAAAUGACCUCUAUCAGACCCCCUUGCACCUGGCAGUAAUCACAAAGCAGGCAGAGGUGGUAGAAGACUUGCUGAGGGCUGGAGCAGAUGUCAGCCUCCUGGAUCGCCAUGGUAAUUCUGUCUUACAUUUAGCUGCUACCGAAGGAGACGACAAGAUCUUGAGUCUGCUCCUCAAGCAUGAGAAGAUAUCUCCGAUGGUCAACCUUUCCAAUGGUGAAGGUCUCAGUGCAAUUCACAUGGUAGUGAUGGCAAACAGUAUGUCCUGCCUCAAACAGCUGAUUGCUGCUGGAGUUAAUGUCAAUUCUCAGGAACAAAAAUCUGGACGAACUGCGUUGCAUUUGGCUGUUGAACAAGAGAACAUCCCUUUGGCAGGCUGCCUUUUGCUUGAGGGUGAUGCAGAUGUGGACAGCACUACAUAUGAUGGGACGACUCCACUUCACAUAGCAGCUGGAAGGGGCUCUACAAAACUGACAGCAGUUCUCAAAGCAGCAGGUGCAAAUCCUCACAUUGAGAACUUUGAGCCAUUGUUUGAUCUAGAUGAUGUGAAAGAUGCUGAAGAUGAUGAUGAAGGGAUUGUGCCUGGAACAACACCGCUGGAUAUGGCAGCCAACUGUGAGGUGUAUGACAUAUUAAAUGGGAAACCCUACCAGUCAACAGAAGUUUCGGAGGAGUUGCUGACACGAGGAAACUUGAGAGAGCUGAAUGAAAAUUCCAAGAUGCAGCUUUACAAACUAUUGGAAUUGCCUGAUCCUACCAAAAACUGGUCCACUCUAGCACAAAAACUAGGUCUUGGCAUACUUAAUAAUGCCUUCAGGUUGAGCCUUUCUCCAUCGAAAACUCUGCUAGAUAACUAUGAGGUCUCUGGUGGUACAGUUCAGGAGUUGAUUGCUGCUUUGAGGCAGAUGAAUCACACAGAAGCCAUUGAAGUCAUUCAGGAAGCAUUAUCCAUCUCACACAGCCCAUCUCACCUGGAGAAGAGUACAGCAAAAGCUCUUCCGUCGUCAUCACCACUCACCUUUGCAAGUGGAGAGACAGGUGAGCUUUAUAACAGCAAAUUUCAAGACAACGAAAGCACGUGUGACAGCGGUGUGGAGACCUCGUUCCGCAAACUGAGUUUUACUUAUUCAGACUCUCUGAACAGCAAGUCAUCACUAACACUGAGCAAAAUGGCCCUGGGCUACGGACAUGAAAGUUCAGUCCAAAGCAAUUAUAUAGCUGAAUAGUAAUGUUCAAUUAGCAAUAUGCAGUUACAGGAACAAAUACAACAUUAAAAAUUACAUCAGUGUCGUCCUGGUCAGAGGGAAGUGAAUUCACAACCAAAAGUGCACUGGAAGAAUCCCACCCAAACCAGAAGCAAUGGCAACUUCAGCAUGCAACUCCUAGGCACUGCUUCCUUCCUCAAGUACAUUUAAUUUUAUUCAUUUACAAGCCAUAUACAAUAACCAGGGCUCUCCUGCCAUAUUAAUACACAGGACUGGACGCUAUGAAAGACUGACUGAGCUUUUGUGGGUUGUGAGGAUUUUCUUUUACAGAUGAAAGUCACUCCUUAAAGCAUAAUAUGAACUCAAAAAAGAGGUAAGGCACACAGAGCAAUCAAAGGAUACAGUUUCUAGCCGGUCUCUUCAUAAUUUUUGCAGCACAGUUGCACGAAAAGAGCUCCUAAUAUAGCUGGCAAAGAAAAAUCAUUAAUCGUAACAGUGACAAUUUAGAGAAAAAAAGAAAAUCCUAAAAAAAAGAAUCUUGUAUAUUUCAAAUAAUGUAUUUAAAUUUCACUUUGGUACCUCUUAUUCAAAAUCUUUUUCCAGUUUGGCAUUUUCCUACUUGUAAAUAGUUUUUUUAUAUCUGUUCCUGUUUGACAAAGUGGGCUUUUUAAAUGCUUAUUUUUAUUUUACUUUUAUAAUAAAACCCUAAAAUUAAUUCUCUUGUCUAUGCUUGCUGUGAUUUUUCCAUAU